AUUAUUAUUAUUUUAAAGAAAAGAAAAGAAAAAGACGAAGCAAACCACAAGGAAUCAAGUCCAAUUCCACUUAUUUCUCUUUCUCUUUAAUUUUAAAAAUAAUAAUAAUAAUAAUAAUAAUAAUAGUAAAAUCAUGGCAACAAAUCCAAUCAGCACACCGAAACCAGCAAGCAAAGGACUCGCCGGCAUGUUCGGCUUUCCUGUCAAAUCAGACAACAACCCGAUCACUGACGGAGCACCGAUUGUGUUCAAUAUCCCUUCUACAACUUUCAUAAAGCCCGGGGAUUCGAUGGAUGUUUCGAAUGGUAGUUCUGGAGGUGGCUCAUGGAAGACAAUUAAGCGAAGCGCCAAACCAGAAAAGUCCUUGACCUCAAAAGUUCGCGCGGCUGGCAAAAAUGCAAUUAUUUCAGUUGCUGGUGAAGCACAAAAGCCUAUUGUCCCAAAGGCAACUAUCAUUGAAAAAGACGAAGACAUUUCAAUGGGAUUUGGAUCUUCUGGCUCAAAAUCUAAAAGAAGAUUUACACCUUAUGGAAAUCGUAAAUCUAAAAAGAAUGCAGACGCAAAGAUGGAGCUUGCUCCCGAAAAGAGAGUCGACGUUCUUGUCGCUGGAUAUGAACCAAAUACCGAGACCAGUCUGAUCCCCUUUUUAAAGAAAAGAUCAAAGAAGAUCUGGGAUCCUAUUAAUGCGUUGUUUGACCAAGGACAGAUGCUAUUGACUGUGGAAGAUGCCAAUAUUGCUCACUCGAUUGUUCGUCUCAAUGGAUACAGUUUUGGAAAGGGACAACUCCAGAUCCGCCUUUUCAAGGACCCCCCACCUUCCGAAGCAACACCCUUUGGUACACCUGAAGGGCCUACAAAGGAUACCAAACUCACGACUAUCGACUCUAUGCGCCUUUUCUUGCGUUCUCGCUGGGAUGCCGAGAACCGAUUCCUCAACCUGGACAACAUGGCCGCAGACCCGAUCCUGAAAAAGGCAGCCAUCCGACCUCCUGGCGUGCGUGGAUCCAAUGAAUUUGUUGGACCAGCCCUGAUAAAGCUUGCGGGUGAGAUGUUUGAGGACAUCAAUGCCUUGUCUUUGGCGGACAACAAGCUUGUGGAUGUCAGACAGAUCUCAACUCUGACCCAGUUUUUGCCGACUCUCAAGAAACUGUCCUUCAAGGACAAUCAGAUCAAGACCUACGAAGCAAUCAAGCCUUUGAGUGGAUCUGGAAAGCUUGAGCAGCUUGAGGAACUGUUGCUGGUCGGAAACCCCUUGCGCGAGUCUGAGCUGAAGCAGCGCGGCAAUCUUCGCAGUUACAUGAUCAACAUGAUCAAAUUGUUUCCUUCCUUACAUAUGCUGGAUCUCGAGACUGUGGACCUUACGGUGGAUGAGGCAGCUGCGGUGUUGAAGAAGGCCAAUAUUUUGCCUAUCCGGGUGGCUCCUAGCUUCUUUGAAGAUGAACACACAAGGGCCACCACAUUUGCGUUCCUUGAACGAUACCUGAGUUUGUUUGACACUGAUCGGUUAGCACUCAGGCCAUUCUACAACGGCUCUUCCAUGUUUUCGAUGGUAACUAACCUCAAGAUCCAAAAAGAGCAAAAGGUACGUCGAAAAGAUAAGAAGAAGAUGAUGGACGAUGAUUUUGCGACUGUGACCUGGGCAUCUAUGAACAGAAACCUACUGUUAUCCAAGAACUCGAAAACCCCCGGUAGCAAAUUGAUUAGUGGUCAAGAGGAAAUUGUUCAUACUCUUGCACGUUUGCCAAAUACAAUCCAUGACCUUUCUAGCUCAGAAGACUUUGUUGUGGAUGCUGUCCAGACUCCAUAUGGUCUGAUGGUCAGUGUUCACGGUGAAUUCAAGCAAGACAGUGCAGGCGUCAUUCUGUACUCGUUUGACCGUAACUUCUUGCUUGGUCCUUCUGCAGACAUGUCGACAGGAUUGCCAUUCACAAUUCUGUCAGACAUGCUGUGUGUUCGCGACCAUGCCGGCAACAAAUGUGCCAAUGACAAGAGUUUCAAGUACUCUAAUGUAAUUGUGCGCUACCAAUCACUCACUCAACCCUUAAUGUAAAAUAUAUGUGUAUUUCAAUUUAUCUAUAUAUCU